CUCCCUGGAAGCUCGGAGACAAAGGCGCUGCUGCCCCCCCUCCAUCCCCAGCUCCAUCCCCAUCCCCGGUUAUAACGCGCCCACCUCCCCUCCCAGUAGCGCGCUGGUUCAUGGCUGUGGGAGUUGGGAUUGGGUGGGAAGUCGGGUGGGAUGGCAGGAGGGAGGCGGGGAGGCAGCAGCAAAGGGGUUUCCGUGAAGAUGGCGUUGAGAAGGGCUUAUUCCAUCAAGGACAAGCUGCAAGCCAUCGAGAGGGUGAAGAAAGGAGAGCGACAAGCAUCUGUCUGCCGGGCUUUUGGGGUACCUGGUGGUACCUUGAGGGGUUGGUUGAAGGAUGAAGCCAAGCUACGGUGGUUCCUGGAGCAGCUGGGGGGUGAGGUGGGCACUCAACGCAAGAAGAUGCGGUUGGCCAACGAGGAGGAGAUAGACCGCGCCGUCUACGCUUGGUUCCUCGCCCUCCGACAGCACGGAGUUCCGCUCUCCGGGCCUCUCAUCCAAGCUCAAGCCGAAGCCUUCGCCCGGCAGAUCUACGGCCCCGAGUGUACCUUCAAGGCGAGCCACGGUUGGUUCUGGCGUUGGCAGAAGCGUCAUGGCAUCUCCAGCCAACGUAUCUACGGCGAGGGUGGCCUCCCUGUCGAGGCAGAGCGAGCUCCUACCACCUGCCCCGAGACUUUGCCAAUGCCAGCUACUGAUGCUGGUGGCUAUGGUGACGAGCAGAUCUACAAUGCCAAUGUCACCGGGCUCUACUGGAAGCUACUGCCAGGACAGAGUGGUGGGAUGACAGCAACACCACAGCGGCGUCCAUCUCCUCGAGAGCGGGUCACCGUGCUGCUGGCUGCCAACUUGACUGGCUCUCACAAGCUCAAGCCACUGGUGGUUGGAGGUCUUCGUGAUCCCCCCAGCCUCCGUCAUCACAACCAGGACAAAUUCCCUGCUUCCUAUCGCUACAGUCCCGAAGCCAGGUUGGGGCCAGUGCUUCUCCGGGCUUGGUUCUUUGAGGACUUCGUGCCGAGCGUCAAACGCUAUCUGCGCCGGAGCUGCCUGCAGCAGAAGGCUGUGUUGCUGCUCAGCUCCCCACCAUCCCACUCCAGGAUGAGCUCUGAGGAAUCUCCAUUGCUCCAGACACCCGAUGGCUCCAUCCGCGCCCUCUUCCUCUCCAAAGGUCCUUCUGGGAGCAGUUCGACUGCUGGAGGUGGCCGAAUCCCGGCCCCACUGGAGCAAGGAGUGGUGUCCACCUUCAAGCAGCUCUACAAGCGGGAAUUGCUGCGCCUGGCUGUCUCGUGUGUGGCUGGUGGUGGUGGCAGCUCUGGUGGCCCCAUGGACUUUGUGCAAUCCUUUCUCCUCAAGGACAUGUUGUACUUGGCUGGCCUUUCAUGGGACCUCAUCCCUGCUGGCUCCAUUGAGAAGUGCUGGCUGCUGGGGUUGCGUGCUGCCUUUGAGCCUCGUCUUGAGGACGAAGAGCAUGCAGACACCCCACGGGGGGAGGAAUGUGGUGGGGACGAAUGUGGUGGGGACAGCAAAGUCUUUAGUGACUUGACCCACCUUGCUGCGUUGGCCUAUAAACGCUUGGCUCCUGAGGAGGUGGCCAACUGGUUGCACCUGGAUGAUGCAGCUCUGGGUAUGGAGGAGGACGAUGGGGAAGAUGUUGAGGAGGAAGGCUCUGGGGGCUGUGGGGCAGAGGAGGCGGCGGAGGAGGAGGAGGAGGCAGCUGCUGGAGAUGGAGAUGGCAAAAAGGGUGGGGAUUCCUUGCUGCCCACAGCUCGGGAAGCCAUCAAAGGUCUGGAGACAGCAUUGCGGUGGCUGGAGGGUCAAGACCCCCGGCAGGUGGGGCCGCUGAAGCUGGUGCAGCUCCGUUCCCUUAUCAGCAUGGCCCAACGGCUGCACCGCAGCACCAGCCUCCAUUCCUAGGACAAGGUGAUCCAUGGCCUCUUGGCUACCAAUCACCCCACUUGGGGUGGAGAGCAUGGGGCUGGGGACACCCUGGGUGUCCCAAGGGGCUGGUGGUGGAGGUGCCAGCUCCACUCAUCCCUCCAUCAGGGCUCAAUUCCCCCGGAUUACCAUGGCUAAGAGGGAGGGGGUUACAAUUUAGGGCUAAUGGGGAAUUUUGGUGCAACAACUUCUCCAUACAUUGCGUAUCCAAGGGUUGUUCCUCACCCUAAGGAUAUAUUGGAGGUGCUAUUUUCUAAAUCCCAUGGGACUGGUCACUGGCAUCCCAAAAAGGAGGUGGAUACCCUCCACACUGCCUGGUCCUCCCAACCCCAUGGGGAGAAUGGGUGAGGGAGGGCAUCAUCAUGAGAAGCUGGGAUGAUGGAAGGUUAUACAAAGUAAUCCCCCACAUCUUGGAGAGAAGUUGAGGUGGUAACAGCCACCUGGACGGGGACCACACUUGAUGUGCCAUCAGGCAAAUGUUCUGCCCUGGAAGAUGUUUGUGAUGUCCUCCCUGCUGCUGGAAUGGAGUCUGGUUAAACUGGGGAGAUUUGGGGCUGGUUUAAGACAACUUUCUUCAUGCAUUGGAUUGGGACACUUGGGUGGCAUCCAAGAAGCUGGAGAAGGUCACCUCUACCACUGCAUGACAGCCCCACGCCUGGGAACACCCAGCCCAUGGAGACCUGCUGAAACAGGUACCAUCAUCCAAGCAUCCUUGUAAAGCCAAAGGCUCCAGGGAUGGGGGUUGAGAUGCCCACCAUGGGAUUUAUGGGGUGGUUGGGCUGGAGGAUGCGUCUAACGCAGGGGAGA